AUGUACGGCUCCUUCCUCCUGUUCCUGCUCGACCCCACCUUCUGGUCACGCCUGGGCUUCCUAAUCUCCUACAUCGCGACCUCGCUCAUCGCCGUCGAAGUCUUCCGCCUGAUCUGCACCGACGCCAACAAGCGGGACGUCGAGAAGUUUCUCGAGAGCUACAGCAAGCAGCGCGCCAGGACAGUGUCGCCGCCGCGAAGGAAGAAUGUGCAGUUGGAGCGGGAGAUUAGUGUGAAUAUCGAUGAGUUGGAGAGUGUGGUGAUGGAGGCGCCGAAGAUGGACAGGCCUGUGGAGAGGACGCGUGUCGAGGAGGCAUCGCGAGGCGUCUCCGGCGUCCGAGGUGGCGGAGUCGAGGCAUGGAAGCCCACGCCCAAGGAGUAG